AUGGAAAGCUGCACACAAGCAAUAGUGUUUAUCCUGGCAGGUUUGACUGAUGACCCACAGUUGAAUGUUGUGUUAUUUGUCUUUCUGCUUCACACCUACUUGCUGAGCAUCACUGGCAAUCUGACCAUCAUCACACUCACCCUGGUGGAUACUCACCUCAAGAUCCCCAUGUAUUUUUUCCUUCGGAAUUUUUCCUUCCUAGAAAUUCCCUAUACUACUACAUGCAUCCCUAAAUUAUUGGUUACUAUGGCAACUGGAGACAAAACCAUUUCCUUUAAUUGUUGUGCAACUCAAGUGUUUUUUGCCUUCCUUCUUGGUGCAUCUGAAUUUUACUUGCUGGCUGCUAUGUCCUAUGACCGCUAUGUUGCCAUCUGUAAGCCCCUGCAUUACACAACCAUCAUGAACAGUAAGGUCUGUAUUCAACUUGUCUUCUGUUGUUGGUUUGCUGGUUUUUUGGUCAUCUUUCCACCUCUCCUUCUAGGCCUAAAUCUUGACUUCUGUGCCUCUAAAAUUGUUGCUCAUUUCUACUGUGAUACAACUCCCCUCAUGCAGAUCUCCUGUUCAGAUACACAGCUCUUGGAAACAAUGGGAUACAUCUCUGCUUUGGUGACACUUGUAGUCACAUUAAUAAUGGUGUUACUAUCAUAUACCUAUAUUGCCUUAAAAAUUCUAAAAAUCCCUUCAAGUAAGCAGAAGAAAAAAGCUUUUUCAACAUGUUCUUCUCACAUGAUUGUGAUAUCCCUUUCUUAUGGCAGCUGCAUCUUCAUGUAUGUUAAACCAUCAGUCAAACAAAGAACAUCUUUUUCCAAGGGAAUUGCAGUGCUCAAUACUUCCAUGGCUCCACUUUUGAAUCCUUUCAUUUACACUUUGAAGAACCAGCAGGUGAAGAAAGCCUUCAUGAAUAGAGUACACAAAAUUGUUUAUUUUUCAAACAAAUGA